GAAUAAACUACCAUUCUAAAAGGAAACAAUGGAACCAGAUGUCAUUCGAAUGUAUUCUUCAUCCCCUCCGCCAUUAGACAAUGGAGCUGAUGAUGAUGGCGAUGACGAAUUUGGGGAAUUUGGUGGAUUUUCUGGUAGUACUUCUGGUGUAGGGUUUGCUGACUUCGAUGCACCAGACUACAGUAAUUCAAAGGAGGAAUUUAUACCCACUAACCAUUUUAUGCCACUUCAUGAGUAUUCUGAUAAUGUAGGUAGCCUUGCAGCCUUUACCUCUGUCAAAAAUGGUAAAGAUAAAGACUGCAUAGCAGAACUUUCUAGUCCUUCUAAAGAACUCUAUGAUAUAUCAGCAACUAGUGCCAGCAAAGAAAAAUCUAAGUCUAGAACAUCAGGUACUACUUUUGAUGAAAGUCUGGAAAAUGCAAAGAGAACAGAGGAACAAAGAGAGAAUAUUGGAAAAACAGAGGCCUUUUCCUCUGAAGGCUUUAGAACUGACAUGAAAAUUAGAAGCCCGGAUCAGGAGAUAGGUGCUUGUAAUGGUGAGAAACUCCCAUGUCUAGAGAUUCUAACAAAUGGGUUUGCAGCAUUGGAUACUGUAAAUCCCCAGGGAACAGAAGAUCUAGACAGCAUCAGUGACUCAAAGGGACUAAAAACUGUUAGCACUCAUAGCACUGAGUUGAGUUUAGACUCAGUGCCUAGCCCAGCUGAAGAUUUUGCAGACUUUGCUACUUUCUCAAACCAAGAAACAAACCACUUAGAAGAAACGGGACAUAAAAUAUGCAAUGCUCUUAAUGAAAGAGAAGCACUGAAUGUUCAGGAAAACAAUAUAAUAAAUAGAGUGACUGAAAUAAUUUCUGUGAAGGAAUUGACUUCAGAUAGAAGCUGUGAAUGUGGAGAGACUUUUAUUGAAGAUGAGCAGGCUUGCAUAUCAGAAGUCAGUGUUGUGGUUAAUGAAAUUGUUAAUAAUUAUGAGCAGGACUCUACAGCACUGGAACAUGAUGAUAGAAUUUCCAGCAUACCUCAGGCAAUUGAGAGCUCAACAGGCACUACUGAAAAGGCAGAAGACAGCGGGAGAAGAAAAUGUUGUGACUCUGAAAAUGGCAAAGAUUUUUCUAGGUCUAAAGAUUUUUCAGAAACAGAAAGUAUUGACUGUAGUAAGAUCCAAAGCUCUUGCCAUGAUCCUGCAGAAGAAAAUUUGCUGGGCAGUUCUGAAGAUGUAAAGAAUGGUGAAAGCAGCAGUGAAUUUGUGUCUUGCAGUGAAACAAAUGAAGAUGAUUUUGGUGACUUUGGCACAGCCAGUGGUACAUCUUCUCCUUUUAUUAUCAGUACUCAAGAAUCGGCAUUGAAUGUGACUUUAGAAGAAUCUUCUGAGCGUUCUGCACAUUUCAGUGAAUCAAUUGAUGAAUUUGGUGAUUUUAGGGAUACGAGUACUGUUUGUCAACAGCUAACAAAGUUAGAUCAAUCUGAAUUAAGUCAGAGUUCAGAUACUUCAGAAUGUGGAGUUACCGGUACCCAUUCUAGCUUGGACGUCCAAUGUACUGCUAAGCUGGCAAAUGGUAGCGAUAGUGAAUUUGGAGACUUUGAUUCAGUGCCAAAACCUCAAGAUGAGUGUGUUAUUUUCCAGGACUCUGACGACUUUGCAGACUUCAGUUCUGCUGGUAGUAAUCAAACUGCAGAAUGGAAUGCUUUUGAAGAUGAACAGAAAGAGGGCUGUUCUUGGGCUGCUUUUGGAGAUGAGCAAGCUACUGAAUCUCAUCAUAGAAAAGAGACAUGGCAAUCGCAUAGGACAGAUACCUCUCUUAGGAUUGAUAGUUCGGUGACCCACAAGGCAGAAAGUUCUACUUUGACAUCUUUCCAAGAAACUGCUAAUAGGCAACCUCAAGAAUUUGCACCUUCAGUUCAGGUGACAUUGCAAAGCCGUCUGGAGAGACUCUUUGAGGCCUGUUUUCCUUCCAUACCUGUUCUUGAAAUAGAAGAAGAAGUAAUUUCCUUAAAUCUCUUGUUGGAAGCGGACAACAAGCAGAUGAGAACUGGCAAGACCUUGGUAAACAGUGGGGAGCUGGUGGAUAUGUGGAAAGAGCUGCAGGAUAUCCAUGAUGCAUAUGGAUUGAGGUACCAGUGGGGAGGCUCUCACAGCAACAAAAAGCUUUUGUGUUCCUUGGGAAUCGAUACAAGAAAUAUUCUUUUUACAGGCAACAAGAAGCAGCCUGUGAUAGUACCCAUGUAUGCAGCAGGACUGGGUAUGCUAGAACCUACCAAGGAACCCUUGAAACCAAUAUCUGCUGCAGAAAAAAUAGCUUCAUUAGGACAGACGCCCCCUGUAUCACCAGAGAUGAACACAUGCACAUCUGAUCAGUUUCAGAAUAUGUAGGAGGCAGCCUAGCCACCUGGAGAAAUAGCCUGGGUGCAGUCAUAAAAUGUCCAUUGCUAGCACAUGUGAUUGUCUCCACCGUCUGGGCAAAGACCGCGACUGGUUCUGCUGACCUGCUUGUACCAAAAUGUCUCCAUGAGCAGUUCUGUCAGUGUUGAACACCUCAAGGCUUCUUGAGUGGUGCCUCUACCCUAUAAGUCUGAUGCAAAGUAAGUUCAGAAAGAGUCUAAGCAAGCCUUUGAUUGCACCAGAGUCUAGAUUAUCCCGUUAGGUACCAAUAGACUGCAUAGAUGCCAAGCAUUUGAAUGCAGCAGGUCUGGUGAACUGCUAAAGCGCUUUGCUUUGGUGCCUUGCAACAAUUACCGGUAUUGCUUAUUUGAGCUAGUAUGAUGCUCAGAACCAUCUAAAUAAUUGGUAUGUCACCACAGAGUCAAAGAAUAAAAAGUUCAAUCCAAACUUCCAUUUGAGUUUAGGUCUUAACUAUGCAACUCCUCUGAUUGCAUGUCAGAGUCGUAACUUCUGUUGAAGAAACUGCUGUGACUCCAACUCCCUGUCACGUCACAAGGUCAGGUACUUCAGGGCUUAUUGAUUUCUUGGUCCUCCUACAGUGCCUUGGGUGCAUUACAGUUACCACCAUGUCUUGUUGAUUAAGGUGUUUUGCAUUGUUGACUGCACUUGGAACUGUCAACACAGUAGGUGCCCCAAGUGCAUCUGUACUUUGUGCUUAUCCCUUAUCUGUGUCUUUGCAUUCAGCUCUUAUGCUUGCCACAGCAUCAGAACAUCAGGGACAACGUGGCCAGAAAAAACAUUCAUGAAUUGGUGGUGCAAGUGCAUCCCUUUUUCUAGUUCUGUUUUAAAACAAGUCCUACAGAGAGAUUGGUUAUUGCCAACAGUGUCUUUCAGAGAUGUCCAUUCAUUACCUUAUUCAGUCUGAGCUGAAGAAAUGUUUGGGUUUUUUCCCCCAAAACUUUAUCAGGACAAAAGAGGGAAAAGCAGCCAGCUUCUUACGGAAUUCAAGCAUCUCCUCUUACAACCAGGAUGAUUGAUGUCAACUCCAUUAAUCUAGAAACCUGCUGGAAUUACAGGACAAAAAUAGCUGAAUGCUUUGAAAAAUGCUACUUUCACACUUAGCUGGCAUUACUUGUGCUAGAUGCUGAAAAUGGUGUAAUAUCAUUCUUCUUCCUAAGCUAUUUCUAAAGUAAUAGAGUGACACAGUGCCCUUGCACACUAUACUGGCACUAUUAUUCCAUUUACUUCAUGAGAUUCUGGUGAGUGAGUUGAUCUUGCCUCCAGCUUCAAACUGCCAAGACUUUCGCAGAUUACCUCCCCUGGUCUGUGAAUAUAGAAAAGAGGCAUCCAUAUUGGGGAAGAUGCAUCAGUCCUCAAUUCCUUCUGCCUGUGUUGAAUUUCCAAUCCCAGAUGGACAGGCACCAGAAUUAGCUUCCAGACGUGUACAUCUUUCUGCUCUCUUCCCCAGCGCAAUAUAGAAUUUGAUACCCUUUACAAAUGGCAUCAGAAUGGGCUGAUACUGGGUAAUCUUGGAUGCUUUGAUUGGUGAAUAGAUAGUCAGGUAUUUACACACAAACCUUAGCUGUUCCCAGAUGCUCAUGAUGAAGAAAAAACCCUUUACAGAAAGUGAAGAGCAAAACCUUUUGUUCCAUUGGCUUUAUAUCGUAAAGGAAUGCCAUCUUGCAAGUCUAAAGCUUAAAGACUUGGCUUACAGGAUGAUUCUGUACCCUGGGAAUGGGGGUACUCUGGGUUGCUGUCUACAGAUGCAGUUUGAUCUGAAACUUGGUACUACCUACUAGCAAGAACUGCAUGGUAUUUGGAAGGCUCGAGAGCGUAUAAUGAAUGAAUCUUCUCGGAUGCCUGGCUUGUUGAUGAAGGUUGGGGUCCCUUGCUUGUUCCAUAUAGGUUCUGGUUACCUUGGCUAACAGAAAGUACAGAAUUUGUUUCAGAGGAGAUUUCUUAAAUUGUUCUUCAGUAGGCCAGCAGUGGGAAGAGAAUGUAGGGCAACCCAAACUAUGGCAAAGAUUUCAUGAAGUCUUGUUGUGGAUAUUGAUAAAAAUAAAAUGGAAAUAUGCUAGCCAGUCUUAGAGGUACCUGAAGUCUAGUCACAAGCCACAGACCCACCAGUUGUAGCCAGGUCAUGGCAUGAUCUUUGAGAUUUGAUACGUUAAUUCCAAAUUCCUUCAUUUCUAUUUAUGGGCUUGAAUUUUUCUUCAUACCAAGCAGAUAAUCUCUGCAUACAACUCUGAUGGAUACCAAGGUCAUAAUGGUUUUCAGAAAUCUGGUUUCUUAAUAGUACAGGUUUAAGGUGGUUCUUAUGUCUUGCAUAAACAGAAGAACAUGGUUAGGAUUGGUCUCUCAGGAAAAUGUUCAUUUAUGAGAUUCAGUAACAUUCCAAAAAGAAUUUCUUCUCGCCUUUAUUCAUCCAGAUAAGUGAUAAUGAGAAUACUGUCAUACCAAGCAAGCUACUCAGUAGCAGUCUCCUAUUAGUAACUGAAGAAUUACUGGGUGAGGCUUUAUGAACUGUAUAAUGCAGAAGGUCAAGUGAACACAAUGGUGCCUCUGGCAAUUUAUAGCUGAGUUCUCACUUUUGAGACAGGACAUCUGAAACUUCCUUCUAGUCUCAUCUGUUAAUCUGCCAAUGACCUGUGUAAAUCAUUUACCAAAUAUCACAUGACUGACUGCUCUUUUCCAUUUACUGAAGGAGUUCUCAAGUAGCAAAGGUUCUAGGACCUUAGCUUUUUGCUGGCUGUCUUUUCAAUCUUGGUGUCAUUAGACCAAUGAUUCUCAACCAGGGUAUAAUGGUAUCCUGAGGUGCCAUUGUAUCUUUU